UAAAGCUCAAACUUUUAUGGAGGGGAGCAAUGUCACUUUAAAGUGUGACAAUACAGAGAUCAAAUGGAAUGAACUCCUUUACAUCAUCUGGAAUAUUAGCUUACAAAGCAGAAAAUGUUGGAUUGGCUUUGAAUUACUGAAUAAAAAUAUCCAAAACUCCUGUAAUGAUGGAAAGAUGCUGCUCAACUCUUCAGAUGGAUUUUCUUUUUUCAUUUCAAAGAUUUCAAAAAAAGAUGAAGGAUCUUACUUAUGUGACGUAUCAUAUAAAGGUGGUGGAUAUAAACAAAAAAUAAAUAUCACUGUUAGUAACUUUACCAGUUGGCUGGAGGUUAACAAUGGUCAGAGAGUUGCCAUCUGUCAAGCCAAAUAUGAAAAAUCUGAACCCACUCUUCAAUGGGAACCUGCCUUGAACUUUUCAUCCAAUAUCAGUUAUGUCAAGAUCAGCAAUAUGUCUUUUAUGGAGAGUCGAGUAUACUUGCCUAAUUUCAUCAGUGACCUUAAAUGUGUUGCUACGUACCCUCGUAAGUCAGGGCAACAGAAUACAACUUCAGACACCAUUGCGGUUGCAUCCAUUUGUUUUAUCCUUGUAUCUCUGACUGUGGUUUUCAUACAAUGCAGCUUAGCCCAGCUCCCUGAUGUGGAAGAAGUGGAAACCUGUGUAAGUUACUGUUUAUACGAGUCAACUCCAUCUAUAACUCAUCAGUUGAAAUCUUCAAUGCCUGUGGAAGAGGAAAACGUCUCGGUUAUGUAUGUAACCAUGGUUCACUGAGAAAGGAAAUGAGACGCAGUGUCUUGACAUGACAAAAUGGGAACACACCAGCAGCGUGCACUCAUGUGAAAUCUUUGUACAACUAUUCAAGUUCUUAUAGAGAUUCAGAGUAAUCUCUAAAACUUUGUAAACGUGGUUUAAGGCCACCCUGCCACAUUGCAUACAGUUAGCAUAGAUACCCCAGACAAGAGGGCUUGAGAUUAAGCCAUACUCUUGGUUGAAUAUGCCCUAAUUAGCAGAGGUGAAAGCAUACCGUGCACCUCAUAAGCCAAUAAAAUAGCCUCUAUUUUCCAUUUGCUUGUAAUAACUCAUCUGAUUUUCUCCAUGAAGAAAACAUACUACGAUAUUCCUUUAAUGGUCAGUUGACUCGUGAGGAGGAGUAUGGAAGGCCUGUAGAA